CCGUUUCCUCUUCAAAACACUCGUCCUUUCAUUCGCCUUAAAUUUCAACUGCGAAAUUGGAAGAUCAGAUUUCUCUCCCGCUAUAGCCCCAGAAGAGUCAACAGGGCAGGGCGACGGGAGGGCUCGGUAAGAGAUACUCUGCAGCUGCUCAUAUGGUGUUGCGGGUGCUUUUCAUCUCUUUUUUAAAGCCUCGAGCGCAUCAUUAAAAGCUGUAGAAAAUGGAAGUAGCAGCAGUCGUAGUAGGCUAGAUACCUGCCAACUGAGAGGAAAAGCGUGGAACAACGUCUAGCGCCCUAACUCGUGAUUUGACUCGGAAUUAGAUGGAACGACACACAUCGUGAGAUCCCAAACUGGAUGGUGACGAUCUUGUUGCGCUUUGUGCCACCAUACGCCAUUUCGAUAAACUUGUUGAAUAAAAUAGAGUAGUAGUGGUAGUAGGGAGACAGAAGAUUUUGUGUGUAUUCUGGUUUCGAAAUUCCACCGGAGAGAUAGGCAUAGAAAAAGCAGAUAGGGGUGGGGUGGUAAAAGCAAGGGGAAAUGCAAGGUGGAGGGAGAAAGCCCAUCCUUCUAGAUGUAAGGUCCAAGCACAGCCAUAUUGUCUCUCCUGCACCAGGCAGGAAGCGGGCAAAUCCCUGAACUUUUCUUUCCAGCUAGCCCUAAAUUUCCGUAUACAAUUGUUUUACACCCUUUAGGGCAGGUGCAAAUGUUUCGACGCAAGAACCCUAACCAACAGAAAGCGUUCCCAUGAUCCCAUCUUCUAUCUUCGUUGAAAUCGCAACAUGACCCGCUUGCGAGAAGAUAGAGCACAUAGGAAUUCCGUUCCUGUGAAGGAGAAAAAAGCAAGGAGGUUUGAGGCCCAAGGCAUCCGGAGGGUCAGGUCGGGUCGGGUCAGGCGUCAGAGAGGUCAAAGAGAAAUCGACUCGAUGUGCUCUUCUCUCCUCUUGCUCGAGGUGGAUCUAGGAGGGUUAAGACGGUGCCAACAAAUGGUGGUGUGUGGUCCAAUAUCUGUGGGCCCGGAAAAGACAAAACACAGGACUCGGAAAACAGCAUAAUUAAAAUUCAAUGAAUUCGCUAUCGAGGGAGGAGAGUCGCAUGAGGAAGUUGAAGUGGCAUGAAAGAUGAUCUUCGCUAUCACAAUCGGAUACCUGAUUCAGUACAUGCAUUUCCAGCCAUUCCAGUGGUACUGUUGGAGUAGCAGUAGUAGGGGCGUUCAGGUCGGGGUCGGUCUUCCAGGUAUUCUACUAAGUCCUUGAUGAUGGGAAUGAAAGUAACAAAGCCCACCACCUUUAUGUUCGCCCCCACCACCGCUCGCUCGCUCACUUGCAGGACCUGCUAAGGUCCUCGCUUGCUCGUGCUUUCGUGCCGUUUUCCGCAGAAGAAGCAGCAGAGGAAAUGAGGGUCUUUCUGGACCAAACGUUUGCGGUUUGGGUUAGGGUUUGGGGCCCUGCCCCUCAACAGUGAAUCAUUGAAGUGCGAGAAUGUGAGAAUAUGCCUCUGGGGAUGAGAGUCCGACCCUGCAGUACAGUAUUUUAUCACUACUGGUAGACCCGACGAUGUACAAUUCGGACCUGGGCGGUAUGGAAUGUCAGUGUUUCUUUGUUCGUGUAUAGAAGAAAAGUCGUCAGUCAGGAGUCCCGUAGGUUAUGCCCUCCGCUUACUUGCUUAGACCAUGACCUAGGGAGGCGAAGAAACAUGCUCCACAUGCGUUCAAAUUUACGUCUUUAUCGAUUUUUGCAUUCGUUGCUUGAAGUUUCUGGACAUAUAAUGGACUGUCUCUUUUAUGGCCUACGUACACCUUAUGUGUUCAAAAAAC